AUGGGCCCGAACCGCGACUCCAUCUCCUCAAAUGACGUACAACAAGAGGUAGCCGAGACGGACGCAUCAGUCACCGACCCAGAGUCCUCGAAUGUUUAUGGGGGUGUGAAAGCCCAGCUCGAACCUCUGACGAGUGGCAAUUUGAUAUCGGAGAUUCCGAGCAAAGCCACGGCUGUGGCAGGAGAAACGGCUUCCACUAUAAAGGAUAUUGUUGUUGACAAGGCAGUCCCCGCGGCUGAAGAAGCUUUGCAAAAUCUUGGAAGUCAGAUUCGGAACCUCGCGGGUCAAGUGGAAGAGACUGUAGAAGAAGAUUUGGACUUUGAGAAACAUUCUGAACACAUUGAUAAGAUGGAUACAGAGCAGCUGUGUGACUUUCUGCGAGAAAAGCAUAAGAGUACAGCGUCGUCUUUCCAGAUGAAAUAG